UUGGUCGGGCUUCAUGCCUUAUGGAGCCCCUUGUGUCUUAGUUUUUCCAAUUACAAUUUCAGCAAAUUUACUGUGCGAGAUAACAUCAUAUCUGAAUCUGGUUGUAAACAUAGCAUAAGCUGUUAUGAAACUCAGCCCUGAAUGGUAUUUGGAUCUGUUGGCAGCGCUUCCUGAUUUUCGUUCAAUUUUCAUUAUGCCGCAUUAUUUAAAAUUUCUUCAACGUUCAAAUUAGUGUGGUGCUUUGUUAUUUAUAUUAUUCAUUUUAAAACUUAGAGAUAUUUGCUAUAUAUUUAAUCGAAUUACAAACUUUGCUGUCGUUUUCUACAGUGAAAAGUAGUUAUAUGAUAGUUUCAGAGAGAACUAAGAUUUCAGCAUAGAAACUGAGGUGUGAGAAUUUAUUCAUCUUGGAUGUUGGUCUUUUCAACUUCAAUAAAUACAAAUGUCUGGAUUGGAAAAAUUUCAAGCAAAUAAUGCUUGGAGAGCUAAAGUCAAGAAAUUACUUUACAUGCAGCGCACGCUGACACCAAGUUCUAAUUCGUCUGAUCACUGCGACAGAUUUAGUUUGGACUUGGAAGAGGAUUUACAAGUCGUUCUUGAAACAAAGGCAUCGUGCGAAAACGGAAAUUCUAAAAUAUUGAAAAAUAUUAAAGCAAACUCUUCUGUGGAAAAUAUGUUUAAAACUGGGAAUGACGAAAACGUACCAAUGAAUUCAAAUGAAACCGCAUGUUCAAAUAAUUUAAAGAAGCCUGAAUUUAGAAAUUUUUCCACUAUGGCGUAUUGUGAUGAAAGCAUUGUAUGUGUAGAAAAACAGAAGGCAGUCGAAUGGCAACGUUCAUCUGACGAGAGUUUUAUGGCUUUGGAAAAAAUGUGUGACAAAACAGCGUCAGAUCCGGACAGUACUUUGUUCCAAUAUAUCCAUAGUGAAGACAAGGAACUAAUUGUAGAAGAUGUAAAAAAACGAAGUGGUGAUUAUUUGAAAACUCCUAGUAAAAAAGAACUUAUAGAAAUUGAUGAAGAAGCCAAAUCUCUACAGCGUUUGUUACAUGAUUUGUGUGUGCAAGAGCAGAAGCAGCUAGAAAAUGAAACGCCACUGAAGGGUGUUGACGUCACACAACUUGAUGAUAUAGAAGCUCCUUCAAAGUUGUGGGAAACAACUAUUAUUGGUGAGUCUACUUUGCAAACAUCUCCAGUAAAGAUGGUCGGACUAUUGCGUCCAUCCACUAUUAUUGAAGAAUGCUGUGAAGAUGAAUCAAAUAAUUCUAUGUGCAACGAAGUCGAUCUUUCAUCACACGCAAGCUUUAAAAGUGCACUAAAAGGCAGCGAAACUUCAGCAACAAGUUAUUACGAUACGGCACAUGAAACCUCUGAUGCCAGUGGUUUUAGUAAGGUAUCGAGAGAAAAUGAUAAGCAAUUAAUGUUUAACAAAGCUGAGAAUUUAGAUGAGAGUUUGGAAUUGAUUCAACUUGAUAAAACGCUAGGACCAACGGAAUAUCAAUUACCAACUGCUGCAACAGUAAAUAGUGAAGAAGACAUUAAAAAAGAUAACAACAAUAAGGAGGAUGGGUCACCAACUUCGUCUAUUGAUGAUUCUUUAGGAAUUAUUGAGUUACUUUCUGACGAUGAAUCAGAUGAGUUAGCCGUCGAUAGUAAGGAAAAAAGAGCAAUGAGUAAUCAACAUAUCAAAACAGAAUUUUCUUUGACAACAAAAACCAAAUUAAAGGACAUAGAACAUAUUGUUUUGGAAAAUUGUUAUGAAAACAAUAAAGAGAAUUGUGGUGGAGAUUUAGAUGAAAGUGGGGAACAAUCAUUGCAUUUCAACGACACUAUGGAAGAAGUAGAAUAUAUGAUGAAAAAAGGUAUGCAAUAUAUGGCAGCCACAGAAACGGCAAAUACAGUUAACUCGAAUGUACAAUCACCAAUGCCACCUACAAUGACGGUGAAACCACUUAAAGAAAGGGAGAGAACGUUUACUUACUCACCAAAAAAGCAAAAUAGUAACUAUUCAUCGCCAUCAAAAAAAUGUUUAAAUGUGAAACCGACUGCUAUUGUCACCGGGACUAAAGCAAAACAUUGUGUAUCAUCACCAAAACGAACACCAUUGUCAAGUGCAGAAAAGUCAAAACAAUUUUUAAUAAACUUCAAGCCGAUGCCUAAGUUGAAUUUGUUUAAGAAGCCCACAUCCGCCAUACCAACUCGCUUAAAGGAAGUAACUGGCUCUAAACAAUUUUCACAUAUCGUUAGUCCGGUUGGAGCAUAUAUGAAAAAAACAGCGACCACUCCAUUAAUGUCCAAUCUCAAGCAGCGUUCAGAGCGUCCUGAUGUACAUAAUGCCACCGUCUUUCGGGAACUUGAGCAAGAGACUAGAGUUUAUCAACCGAAAUUCGCUUUAACAGGUAAUGCGGCCACAAAGACGUCGAGUUUGCCUAAAAAAGCAUACAUUUCUUCAGAAUUCAAACACAUAACUGAUGAACGCACACCAGUGACUAUACCGGGCGGCAAAAAGAUACAGAAAUAUCUCGAAAAUGCAAUGCUGCCAACAGUGGUGCGACAUGAAGGGAAAUUGAAAAUGUCCGCUAAUGAAGCCCACCGUAAAGCAGCAGCUAACAAAGCAAACUUUGGCAGUUCGACACAACGUAAUAAUGGCAGCUUGGCAAAUUUGUCUUUAAUGUCCGGAGAUAUAUCAGUGUAUACAAUGAAGGACGCAAGAAAAUUUUAAGUGGACGGUAUUUGCCUUUUUUAUGCAUUAAUAUGUUUAUGCAGGUUUGGCUCAACUUAGAAUUCUUCUUCUUCUACUUUACUUCAUAUUGAAAUGUCAAGAUUGUUGGAUUUCACAUUUUUUGUUUUUUUUUUUCAAGGUUUAUUUUUACAUUUAAAAUAAAUGCAGAGACUAGUAAGGCUAGA